GCUCAAGGGAGAUGUAGCGUGUCGACUUGCGCCGAGACUUCUGAAUUGAGGACACGACCCAGUGCAACGAUAAAGAACUCUGACGUCAAGGUUCCCCUCAAACUGAAUGGCCAAGCUUUCGGCGCGCAAGCACCGAAAUGAAUAGAUACUCUUGGAAUCACGAUCGAAACGUCUGAGCAUGUGUUGGAUGACAUGAAGACGCUCAUUAAGUUUUCUUUCUCCCACCACGUACGAGGGCACCCAUCCAGAAGCUGGACUUGGUAUAUCCAACCACUAAAUUAAGAAUGCCAAGGAAACUUGGUUAUUCGACUUCGAUUGCGUAUCAAUUUAUAGAUAGACUAUUUAUCAUGUCCAUUUCAUUGGGGCCUUCUCCCACGACGCAAAUGCUAUUCCCCUGGUUUUGUUGCACGGAUGGCCUGCAGGAUCGAUCAUCGAAUUCGUUGACAUCAUUCCUAUCCUUCAGCAACCGAAAUACCCGUCAUUCCCAUAUCAUUGCGCCUUCCCUCCCCGGUUAUGGCUGGACGUCUGGCUCACCCCCGCACGUUAACCUCAACGUUUCAGGAAUGGCGAGAAUGGUAGACAAAUUGGUGACUGGAAUAGGCUUUCGGGACUACGGUGGAGAUAUCGGCAGUUCGGUUUUGCAUAGCCACGUUCCCACACUGCCACCCAUUUCUUUUCUGCUUCCCAUUACGUGCUAGCGUCGAUACGGUGCUGGCUUUCCUGAUUCUGAUUUUCAUUUCACGGACUCUACUCACGGCUACAGAUCCCCAACGCGAGCCUUCA